CCAACACACAUUACCACCAUGUCCACAACAACAACAACAACUACGCAAUACGUUCACUACCACGAUGGAGGCAAACCAGGCCGCCGCCCCAUCCUGACCGGUUCAUCCGCGAAACCAACCUUCGAAAGCGUCCCGAAAAUCGACAUGCGCCGCAUCUACUCGCCGCAUCUUUCUGAUCGGCAAUCUCUCGCCAACGAUGUUGGCGCUGCGUGCAGAGACGUUGGGUUCUUCUACGCUGUGAAUCACGGCAUUGAUGAGGAGUUGUUGGAUCGUACAUUUGAUGCCGUGAAAAGGUUUUUUGGGUUAGAAGAGGAUGUGAAGAUGGAGUGUCAUAACCAAAAGACGGAGAGGUUCAGGGGAUAUGAGGGAGUGCUUGAAGGGAAGCUGGAUCCGGGGACUAGAGGAGAUCUUAAAGAAGGAUUCCUAAUGGGGGAAGACUUCACCGAGCCAGAGCAAAACCUCACUCCGCUCCCUCAUCUCCCAGACACACAACACUCACGAAACCAAUGGCCUUCCCACCCUUCCGCUGCUUUCUUCCGACCAGCCAUAUACGAGUACUACAACGCCAUGCUCUCUUUCUCGAGGCGACUUCUCGGAAUCUUCGCACUCGCACUUGAGUUACCAGAAGACUACUUCGAUACAAUCACGAAACACCCCAUGACGAAUGUUCGAGCUGUGCACUACCCACCACAAACUUCCCCCAAAGACGUCGGUAUAGGCGCACACACAGACUUCUGCUGGUUCACACUCGUCUGCCAAUCGCAUACCGUAAACCCAGCCCUCGAAGUCCUAAACGCCAACGGGAUCUGGGUUCCCGUGCACCAUCACCCUCAUUCCUUCGUCGUCAACAUUGCCGAUUUCUUGAAACUCAUUACAGGUGGUCGGUGGGCUAGUACUGUCCAUCGAGUCCGAAACCUCGCGUCGCCUACUCAGUCCCCCGAAAAUGGGGGUGAGUGUGACGGUCAUGAUAGGGAAGGUAGUGGACAGAUGGAAGAGAGGUAUAGUCUACCGUUUUUCUUCAGCCCAGAUGAGGAUGCUACUGUCAGUGUUUUGGAGAAGUUCAGAGAGGAGGGGAGGGAGUAUGAGGGAUUUGUUGUUGGGGAGUAUUUCCAGAGAAGGUUGGAUAUCGAUCGGACUACGCACUUGGAGGAGGGGGAGGGGAGGAGGAAAGGGGGGUAUUGA